UAAGAAAUCGCGAACUUUCUUCCCCCAAACCGAAGAGAGUAGCGUUGUGGUAGGGUUAAGCGCCUCACCGGUUCAUCGUAGCUUGUCUCCGGCGACGAUGGAAGUUGCAAAUGCGCGUAGCCACGCCUCCAAACGAAAGUUUGACGACAUCGUUUCACCAUCCUCGCCGCCGCCUGCAGCAGCCUCCUCCAAUGGCUUCAACGAUGACAACAACAUCAACGGCAUCGACCUCUCGCUGCUCGAAGCCGUUGAGAAAUCCCAGAGCUCCGUUGAAGUGCUUGACCUCAAAGCCCUCAAGAAACUUGUCCUCUCCUUUGAACGCCGCUUGAAGGACAACAUCGAAGCUCGCCUCAAGUACCCGAACCAACCUGAUCGUUUUGCCGAUUCAGAGAUUGAGCUCCAUGAAGAGCUUCAGAAGCUCAAGGUCCUUGCAGGAGCUCCAGAACUGUACCCUGACCUCGUCAAUCUUAACGUCGUGCCAUCCAUUGUAGAUUUGUUGAACCAUGACAACACUGACAUUGCCAUAGACGUUGUCCAAUUGCUUCAGGACUUGACCGAUGAAGAUGUACUCGAAGAUAACGAUGAGCCUGCGAAGGUUUUAGUCGAUACUUUGAUUGAAAACAGCGUGCUUGAGUUGCUCGUUCAAAAUUUGCAUAGAUUGUCGGAUUCUGACGCGGAUGAGAUGGCUGCGGUUUAUAAUACGCUGGCCACGAUAGAGAAUUUGAUUGAGGUAAAGCCAGCAGUGGCAGAAUUGGUUUGUGAGAAAACCAAGUUGUUGAAAUGGUUGUUGGGGAAGAUUAAAGUGAGAGAAUUCGAUAGUAACAAGCAGUAUGCUUCAGAGAUAUUGGCGAUUUUGUUGCAGAACAGCACCGCUAAUCAGAAAAGGUUAGGGCAGAUGAAUGGAGUAGAUGUGGUGCUUCAGGCUGUAGCCAUGUACAAGUCUAAGGACCCCAAGAGUUCGGAUGAGGCAGAGAUGGUGGAGAACCUGUUUGAUUGUCUGUGCUGUUUAUUGAUGCCAUUGGAGAACAAGGAAAGAUUUGUGAAGGCUGAAGGAGUCGAACUGAUGAUAAUUAUUAUGAAACAAAAGAAAUUGGCUUAUGGGUCAGCUAUAAGGGCGCUUGAUUUUGCAAUGACCAAGUAUCCUCCUGCCUGCGAACGGUUUGUGGAUGUUUUAGGCUUGAAGACAGCAUUUGCAGCUUUUAUGGGUAAGAUUCCUAUCAACAAGAAGAAUAAGAAAGAACGCUACCAGGAGGAAUUGGAGGAGCGCAUUGUGUCACUGAUUUCUUCAUUAUUUGGUAAGCAGGCAAGUGAAGUUGAUUUAAGUUUUGACUAG